UUCUUGAAUAUCCUUUCUCUCUUGUUAGCUCGCCUGCACUACUCGCUUUCUCAACGAGCUACAACCAAAGCACAGAAUCGUCCUCCUAGGAAAAUGAAUCCCUCCCACCGAGGCUUCAUCCCGUCGGAUGGUAGAGCUCAUCCCAUUCAGAACCCGAACGCAAAUGCUGCGCGGUCGAACUCGACCACGACCCAGUCCUCGAACCCCCCCACGAACCCUCGCACCGCAAUCGUCCAGCCACGGGCGGUCGGUUCUCAGCUGCUACCGUUGGGAACAUGGCCAAAUCAUGGCGCGGUUCCUAAUCCGUUGAUCGCAACCACGACGGCCCCAGCCGCGACGCAUGGGCGAAACCCAAGCGGCACCUCGUUCCCACCCGUCAGUCUUCGCAAUCUCUCAAACUUGACCCGCGAUCCAGUCGUCGGCCUCCUAGUGUCGACCAUCAUCGAAUACAGCACUAGUCCAAUAGCUUUCAGGGGCAGGAUUGCAGAUGACGAGAUCAACGCUGGGCUUUUCUUCUGGGGUCCAGCGACUGUUCCGAAUAUGGUGUCCGUGGUAAAUCGAGGCUUCCUUUUCGUGGAAUGGCUAUACCUUUUCACCCUGCGCCCGGAUCUUCUCAACGGUGGCCCUCCUUCCGUGGUAGAAGCUUACAUACAACAGGCGGCGUACCCUUUCGAGACCUGGUCCUCCAUGGGCUCCAUACUUCGGCAAGCGCGUGGAAACGGCUUCAACGUGCAGACCGUCAACUCUGCCCUUGUCCAAGCGCCGCGGGCACCUCGGCCGCUAGGUAACAUAUAUCAGGGGCACACCGAGGAAUACUGGGCGAUUGAUGGCAGCAAGGGUUGGGCGGACGAUGCUCCGAGUACCGUUGGAGGUGGAUCGAUGGUCCAAAAUGGCCACGCUGGGAACAUGCCGCUCCUUACGGCUCCAUAUGUCCCUCCGGCACCACCACGUCCUCCACCGCCACCACCAGCUGCAGCAACGAAUUUCCGGGGGAAUUUCCAUUUUUCCAGUGGAGCACUUCGAAUGUGGGAAAACCUCAUGUCUCGACGGUUUCGUCUUCCAUGGUAUGCAAAGGAUAGUCCCGUGCAUGACAUCUCCAGCCAUUGUCCACCGAUCAUGGUCGAUAUCAGCCUGAUGGACUUUCCCGUGAGCGCGGUCGAGCUGAUCACUUUCUUUCCGGAGCAUACGCGGUGGCCGAGCGUCGCGUACCGCCUACACGAGCACGGAUGGGGUGCAAGCGCCAUAUGCCACAUGCUGCACUACACCCGCGACUUGAAGAGCGCAGGAUGUAUGCAGCGGGGCACAAUGCAGAAGCGGUUCACGUUUGCGAAUACCUGGCGUCGCAGCAACUCCAGCGCCGUAGUAUCGGCUUUCCCCUCACGAAUGGACCGUUCCUACUCAGGGAAAGAUAGAGAGGUGGCUCAUACCGAUUACUACGUAGUCGACCUUGCCGAGGGUGUUGUCAAGUUCCCAGAGGACGAUAAUGCCCGGACGUUGACGCAUGUGGUCCGGCACGCGAUGGCCAACUCCAACAAUUUCCUGAGGCUGAGCGAAGUAGCGGAGUAUGCGCGGAACAACGAUGUCUUCCAAGAAGAGGUUCCCUACGACGUUGCGAUUGAAGAUCGCCUUGCUGUCGAAGAGCUGGAGAAAGAGAUCGAGCGCCACUAUGAACGGAAGUUCCACCGGCGUCUGUUUUAG